CGUGGCGUGGUAGUAGUAGAACUUGAUCAGUGCGCCGAGCAGGAUCAACGCGCAGAGUAGUGGAACACACUUUGUGAGCCGUGAUUUCAGUUGACCCCGAGAUCGAAGAAUUCCCCAUUCGCAGUCACAGGCUACAAUCAUUGGGCUGGCCAAUGGUCAUCGGUUUAUAUACUGAUCCACAAUAGUUAGGUGGUGUCGGAACGUGCACGCGCGGUGCGAAAGGUUACCUAUUGCGUGACGCAAGUGGCUUAGUAAAGCGUGUGAAAGUGUCGGCCGCAGCGAGUGCAGGAUCCGUGUGCCGUAAGCGGCGAACACGGUCCACGGAUCGUGGAGCGAUGGCGAAGAUGACCAAGGAUUCGGACGACCCGGAGCAGGAGAAGGAAACGCUCCGGAAGCGGGUCCUGCAGCGGGUGUACUACGCCGCGAAGGACGGUUUCUGCAAGCAACUGUUGGCCUCGUUACGUGAAAUCCCCAACGAUGAGGAUCGUCGGGCCAUCGUCGAUCAGGAGUUCUACGAAGAUGAGCACCAAAUCUACACGCCCCUGAUAGUGGCCACCCUGAACGGACACCAGCGUGUGGUGCACAUUCUGCUGACCCUCGCCCAGCCGAAUCUCGAGAAGGAGGGCUGCGUGAAGCUGCACGGCGAGCUGACCGAUGGCGUGCCGGCCCUCUGGGUGGCAGCGGCCCUGGGUCGACUGAACAUCGUCAAGCUGCUGGUCCAACACGGGGCCGAGGUGGACCACCCGACGAAGAAAGGCUCGACACCGCUCCGGGCCGCCUGUUUCGAUGGGCGGCUCGAUCUGAUCCAGUAUCUGAUCGAUCACAAGGCGAACGUAAGCGCCGUGAACGUGUACAACAACACGUGCCUCAUGAUCGCCGCGUACAAGAACUUCCCGGACGUGCUGGAGUACCUGCUCGAGCACGGUGCGCACGUCAACGAGCAGGCACACUGCGGUGCCUCGGCCCUGUACUACGCGGCCGAAUGUGGCCACGUGGAGAUCUGCGAAACGUUGCUCGAUCACGGGGCGGUGCUGAUGCGCAACACGUACGGCCUGACGCCGGCGCUGGCGGCGGCCGAACGGACACGCGAGCCCGUCGUGCAGCUUUUCCUGGCCCGCUCCGGGCUACUGUCGAAGGAGGAGCGCAUCGAGGUGCUGGAACUGCUCGGUGCUUCGUACGCCAACGACAAGGACAACUACAGCCUGGUGAAGGCGUUCCACUAUCUCCUGUCCGGGAUGGAACUAAGGUUUGAAGAUUCGGAGCACAUUGUACGCAAACCGCACCUACCGACGGUGGCCGCCUACGAGCACUGGGUCGAGUGUCAAACGCUGCAGGAUCUGCAGGCGAUCCGCUACAACCACAACUCGCUGCACAUGGAGUCGCUCACGAUCCGCGAGCGCAUCCUCGGACGCCAGUGCCCGGAGGUGGCCCAUUCGAUCAUCUUCCGCGGCGCGAUCUGUGCCGACAACGGGCGUUUCGAUCGGUGCGAGAGCCUCUGGCUGCACGCCCUCGGACUGCGGCAGCUGAACGGCCUGUCGGUGCAGCGUGAUCUGCUGCGCUUCGUGCAGCUCUUUUCCCAGGAGUUCUCCAUCAACGAGGCGGUCCGGUUCGACAGUGUCAUUGCCGUGCUGCAGGCGUGCGUCACCGAGCUGAGCUUCAACCAGCAGAAAAUGAUCGACCCUGGCCCGCGCGACGAUCUCGACGCGAUCGCCGAGGACUACGAGAUGAACAUCGUGACGGUGCUGUACCUAAUCACGAUCAUCACCAAGCUGCUGCGGCUGGAGCGGGUGGCGCGCACCGAGGAGCAAACGCACCAGAUCUACCGACAGAUCUACCAGCUAAACCAGAUGAUGGUCCGGCUGCGGGACGACCAAACGCUGCUGCAUCUUGCCGUGAACGGCGUCACGCCGGUGGACGAUUUUCACACCGACGACGUUUGCCGAUUUCCUUGCGUGGAUACGGUGAAGAUGUUGCUCAAGUGUGGCGCUUCGGUCGAUGUGGUCGAUUCCGAUCGCAACACACCCCUCCAUACGCUAGCCUCAACGCUUCAAAUGGCCGUGCUGCGUAUGGCGGACGUAAACGUCAGAUCGGUGGUGAAGGAAAUUACGGAAAUAUUCAUCGAAGCAGGCAUACACCUCGACGCGGUGAACGCUGAUGGUUUGAAGGCGUCACAAGUUUGUGUUCAAAGUACGGGGGGCGACCGCGGGCGCGCGCAGGCUCGGGUGGCAGCUCGGGAGAUUAACUCGUGUUUUUCUCUGGCAGGUACGGUGGCUGCAUUCAUCAAAAACUACGAAUCUCGUGCCAUUAACCUGCGCUGCCUGGCGGCCCGGACCAUCGCCCAGCAUCGCAUCAUCUUUCGGACCCUCAUACCGAGGCAGCUGGAAGCGUUCGUGGACCAGCACUGCACACCGAAGAGCUAGAAACGAGCCGGCUCGCGGAAUGUGAUACUUGCCACUAGCUAUCAUCGCCACUCGUUGGUCUGUCAUUUUGCGCUGUGCCUCAACACUAUUUUAUAGCCUCCGUCUCGUAUCUUCUCGAGAGGAACACGCCAAACAACACCACAAAGAAAACUCGAGGAUAUAAAAUAAACAUAAUUUUUGCGGAAAUCGUCGGAACAAUACGAUGAAAAUGCCAAAUAAAUAUGAACGCCUGCUGGG